AUGUCUUACCAGGCGCCGACAAACGCCUCCUCGAUGUACGGAUCGAGCAACUCAUCCUCCCCUGCUGCUGGAUCAGCUGCCUCCGGAGCGCAGGGCGCUUCUGCCGCUGGCGGCGCCGCCAAGGCCGGCGGUGCUGCUGCUCACGCUCCUUCGAUCGACGACGGAGAUCUCGUCUACUACAUCAACCUGGUCUUCAUCAUGGUUUUCGGCGCCUUUGUCCUCAUGAUGCUGCCGCGCAUGCUCGCGACGCUCGCUCGCCCGGCACACUACUUCACCGCGUUCCUUCGCGGCCCGUCGAAGGGCGAAUACACGGGCGCGCCUGCACGCGAGUACGGGAACGGAAGGGGGCCGAUUUUCAAUGGGAAGGGCAUGGAGAGCGAUAGCGCGUUCAGCCAUUACAGCUCUGCGGAGUCUUCCACGGCGCAUCUCGUCCAGUAUCCCCGACCUGUUGCGCCUCAGAGUGCGAGCGGCGCGCCUCCGCGCGUUCGCAGCUGGCUCACCUACACUCACCCGGCCAUCGUCUAUGCGCUCAACAACCCAUUCUUGCCCGGGAUCACACUGGCGAAGGCCAUUGUCUAUCUCGGCUACAUGGGUCUUGUUCUGUUCGCGACCUUCGAUGAGAGCGACUUCUUCUCAGACCCGAAGCGCACAGGAUACGUCGCGAUGGCGCAGAUCCCGAUCGUUGUUGCACUUGCCACCAAGAACAACCUUCUGAGCUGGCUGUCUGGUGAGGGCUACGAGAAGCUUAACUACAUCCAUCGCUUUGGUGGACGUCUGGCGAUCCUGGCAUCCAACCUGCACGGAUUUGGCUACAUCUACAAGUGGGCGCAAGCCGGCACUUUCUACGAGGACAUCGCCAUCCCCAAGUUCACCUAUGGCUUGAUGGCCAUGUGCGCCAUGGACCUUCUGUUCCUUGGCUCGCUUUCGGUCGUUCGCCAAAAGUGCUACUCCUUGUUCUUGUUCAGCCACAUCGCGGGCUUCACGUGCCUCAGCGUGGCGCUGUACCAACAUUAUUCUGUUACCUGGAACUACAUCUACGCCGCCCUCGGUGUCUACGGCUUCGACCUCCUGCUCCGCACUAUGCGCACUCGCGCAACCACCGCGUACGUGACUGCACACUCGAGCCUCAACAAUGGCACGACGCACGUCCACAUGCCAGCUGUCACGAAAGGUUUCCGCGCCGGUCAACACGUCCGCGUCCGUUUCAUCAACCCCGACUCCGGCGCUUUCGGCUGGAUCAUCGCUCUCCUCUUCGCUCGCACGCGUCCGUUCUCCAUCUCGUCGAAGCCCGCCGGCUCCGGUCUUGAGCUCCUUAUCAAGAAGGAGGGGUCGUCUACGCGCGAGCUCUUCAGGAUGGCUGGUGGUGGCCAGCGCAGCGUGGACGAGAAGAUGGCUACGGUUGAGCUCGGCCAGCCCACCUCGCACCGUAUCAAGUGCCUUGUGGAAGGUCCUUACAGCGGUCACGCUGCCACGAUGUUCGAAGCGUACUCCGGUGCUCUUCUCGUCGCGGGCGGUUCGGGCAUCUCCUUUAUCCUUUCUCUUCUGGACGACUUGGUGAACAAGCACGUUGAGGGUCGCUCUCGCACCCGCGCCAUCGAGGUCGUGUGGUCCGUCGGAGACGCAAACUCCCUCGUUGAGCUCCUCCCAACUCUCCGCCCUCUCCUGCGCCCCCGUCUCUCACCCGACGGCACUCUCCUCCGCGUCCAAAUGACGGUGCACUACACCCGCGCGAGCCGCGCCCAGAUGCCCGACCUCGACCUUCUACCCGAAGGCCUCUACCUCCGCGCGGGUCGGCCCGAUAUGUCCCGCUCGCUCAAGGCUACCGUCCAGCGUACGCUCGACUCCACUAUGACCGGCGGACGCUCCGAGGCGCAGGGCGUUGUCGCUUCGUGCUGCGGUCCUCCUGCUCUUGGCGAGCAGAUCAAUAAGGCUCUCGGUGGUCUCGACUAUUCGCUCUGGAAGCAGGUCGGUGGCGUUGAGAUCGCCAGCGAGACUUUCGGGUGGUAA